GUAUGCAUUGACGUGCCGCUGCCCCGGUGAUUGGUUGUAAAUGACGUCAUCUAUACGUUGCAGCCAAUCACCGGGGGAAAUCCACGCACCCUUGGAAGACCCCAUGGAGAACCCCGCACGGAGUGCGGAGAAAACCAAGAGAACGGGAGAUACACGACGAAGACCUUGAAGAUAACAUACAGACCUACUUAUCACCAAUACUUAGAGUGUUAAUUCACCCGCUAGUGAAUGAUAAUGACCGAAAAGAAGACAAGAGCCUAUGGAGGUGGGCGAGGCGGGCUCAGUCCCCUCACCACCCCCCAGGACCAGCCGUCUGGUGAGUCAGUUCCUACGGGGGCUGGCCCUCAGGCAGGCACUGAAAUGCCAGCAGCUGUGGAGUCUGGCUCCCAUGGGGGCCACCUUCCAGCCAUGGAGGGUUUGCAGAUAGGGGAGGCCGAGGACCUCCUGUUGGCAUCACCCCCUCCAUCACUCCAGGACCCCCCACUACUCCCUCAGCAAGCGUCAGAGGCCACUCUUUCCUUUUGGGAAGAUGUGACCCUGACCAAGUCAGGGCCCAUUGACGACCGUGGGGUUUUCAAGGCCAAGGUCCGUCAGGGGGAGUGGACCACCACACUUCUCAUACGUAUCGGGGACCGGGGUGAGACCCCUCUUAGCCGGGACGCCCGUUGGUACGCCAGCGACGGCCUGGGAGGGGCAAGUUGGCCCGCCACGGUGAUGGCCGGCCCGGACAAGCAGGGUAUUUACACCUGCUCGAUCCCGUGGCAGGCCACAUCGGGUAAACCAACUACCCUGGGAAUUGCCCUAAGCCGCUUUGAGGCCAAACGUCAGCCGGCCUCAGGUUUUGGAAGCUGGGAUAUCCGAUUCCAGGAUGUUCCAGUCGCAGCGGCCCGUACUCCUGCGGGAGCCGGCCCUGCAAGCUUUGCCGCUGCAGUUGCGGGUGUUGCCAUGACAGGGCCUCCAGUGCCAGUUCGGUUGUCUGCUGGCGCAAGCGCAGCAGCGGCUCCGGUGCGCCGGAACGCUGCCGACGCCACGUCGCAGUGCAGCAGCGUAACGCCUGCUGGCGCGGGUGAAGCAGCGGCUCCGGUGCGCCGGGACGCUGCCGAUGCCACGUCGCAGCGCAGCAGCGCGACCCUAUCUACAUCGGUGGGGAGUUCAGACACCGGUCGUGGGCGGGUUCUGGCACCCUCCACGGGGGGCAGGGCCAUCGGUCGAGGGUUUAUUACCUACUCGGCCGCCGGUGCUGCUCCGGCCGUGGUCGGGUCUCAGGCCCCGCCCAGGCAAGCGCCUGUUCAACUGCCGGUGGAAGAUAGGGUGACGACAGCGCUGCGAGAGGCGUAUAACAGCCUCCAACGCCUCCACAGAGCGGUCGCGGCGUCCAGAACAUUGCGACGGUUGAAGAUUAUAAUGUCCGAAUGUUUAUCGAUACCUGUCUCUUAUACACAUCUAGAUGUGUAUAAGAGACAGGGUGAUUGGUUGUAA